CACACGUCACCAACCCCGAUGCUCUUCUCUCUCUCUCUCUCUCUCUCAUAUAAUCUCAUCAACCUUUCAAGGCCCAGACCUAGUCCUCUCUCUGUCUCUCUCUCAAAAGUCUCAGCAAUGAAGAAGCUUUACCGCCGUGGGAGCGUUCAUCCGUCGCCACCGAUCAUCUCCGACCACCUUUCCUUACUUCCUGCGACGAUCUUGACCCUCACGGCAGCUCUCUCACCCGAAGACCGAGAAGUCCUGGCUUACCUCCUCUCCUGCUCCAACAGCUCUGUCAACUUUGACGGCCGCCGUAGGACCAACCACCAUAAAGGCAGCGCCGAUCAUCCUCCGCAGUUCAACUGCAACUGUUUCCGUUGCUACACCAGCUACUGGGUAAGGUGGGACUCGUCGCCCAACCGGCAAGCGAUACAUGAAAUCAUCGAUGCUUUCGAGGCCGAGCUAAUGGCGCAUGGUAAGAAGAGCGGGAAGAGUAGGAAGGAGAGGAGGAAGAGAGGCUGUCAGAACGGGUCGGCUGAUUUGAAGCGGCUGGAGGCGAGUUCGGUUAAGGACGAGUCAAGCGAGACGGACUCGCUGGGUGGAGAUAGUAGCAAUAGUCUUCAUGAUGGUGCCGAUGGCGGUGAUGGAGAAGAUGGGUUCGAGAAAGGGUCUGUGAGAAGCUUUGUAAGUUUCAUUGGGGAGAGGAUAUGGGGCGUUUGGAGCCAAUGAAAAUUGAGAGGGAAAGUGAAGGAAAAUGAAGCAAAAACAACCAAAAAUAAGGUGGGUUUAGUUCCUUUUGGUUUUCUAUAUAUAUAAUCUUUUCCACUUUUUUUUUUUUUCUCUUUAUUUUUGUAUAUUACCCUUUUACAAUGUGAAAAAUGGGGACUGUAAUUUUGGAUCAUCAAGAGUUGGCCUAUUGAAUUUUCUUCAAAUUAA